GAGCCAGCACAGCCAGGACACAAACCACACUGCCAAGAGAUGCGGAUGCUGGCGAUGCAGGAACUUCAUCAUCGCACCACCCUCCACUAAGACGACCUUCACAGGGGUCUGCCAGUCUCCAGAAGAUGGUUAGCAAGAGACGGCGUCUUGAGGCAGUAUCUACACCCGCAUCCUCACCACCACAACGGCGCAUCUCCACUGUGUUGGCUCAGCCACCAGAAGCCAUUUUGGCCAGUCCACAAAGCGAGGAACCACAAUCCCCUCAGCUGUCUGAUCCAGACAUCAUGACCCAGGAUACCCAGCAGGAAACUGACUUGCAGCAAACGUUCACACUCCACCUGCAAGCGAUUGAUAAUAACCAGCCAACCACGCCGGCUGACAUAUCUCCACCACCCCAAACAACCCCCACCCCCCAAUUGAGCCCAACACCACCCCAGCCGCAAAUGGGACCAGAGUUUUGGUCCAGUUGGGCCACACAACAGGCACAAAACUAUGCCUGUCUCAACACACACAGCCAAUAUCUUUCCAGUCUGCCCCAUCAUCUACCUAGACUCAGUAGAAACUCAGGCAGACUGAUUGUGCAACUUGGCACAGUGGCCAAUACCAUGGAGCAGAUGAGAGCCGACAACAGCCAACUGAUAGCAAGUUUUCAGCGAAUAAUGGAUGAACAACACCGCCAUCAACAAGCCCUCAUUCAAAUUAUCCAAAAUAAUCAAUUAAUUACAGAAAGCCUGUCCCGAAUCAUCGCCAACAACACUGCCGCAACCACACAACUCACAGCAAGCCUCAACAACCUGAGCCAAAAUAUAAAUGUGUUGGCAUCCCAGCAUCAAAGCUCAAGCUCAGGGACAACCACACCUAGCCAGACCCCAGUUACCUCCCCAGUUAGACGAUCCAGCAGAACCCGGCCCAAUGUGCCAUAACAAUCCUCUGCACCCAGCAAAAAAACACCUAGGAAAUGAGCAAGCCUGCAUCAAAAUAUACAGUAUUUUCAAAUAUAUUUAAAGAUUAUCGAAUUGUGACAAACCAAAUU